AUGGUGAAGGCGCAAAAGAAAAAGCCAGCGCCGAAAAGGCGGAAAAAGAAAGUUAAGGAUCCAGAGAAAGAGGAAGAAACUAGGAAGAGGGUUGCAGCGAUCGAAGGGAGGAGGCAAAAGGUUAUAGAAGAAGUUAAACGUUCAUUGUAUCAAAGAAGAAUGGACAAAAUUGCGAUAGAAAAAAACCGUGUUGAUAAAGAAGAAAAAUUUCGCCAAAAAGUAAGAAGAGACGCGGCGAAGGCAGGGAGCGAGAAAACUAUGUUGGAGAUUCGCGAAGAUCUAAGCAGAGUGAUGGAAACAGGAAUAAAAUGUGUAUACACGUCUGUGAUAAUCCCGAAAAAGAUUAAAUACGACGGACGAUCAAUUUUGUCAAUCAAUGGCGUCAAAUAUAGGUUGAAGAAGAACUUACAUAUAGUGGGUUGGGGCAAAGAAGCAAUCACGAUGAGCGCAGCGUUUGAGCGAAUUGUCGGCAGACAAUUGAAGAAAGGGUGGAUAGUCGUGCCCCGUAAAUCGAUUUUCCGAAUGUGGAGUUUUCCGGAAGCGUUCCCCAGGUUAGACAGCGCUAUCUCAUAUGUUGAAGGCGGGACGGACGGACAACCAGACGAAAAGUCGGUCGCGAUCACCAAGAAAAUCCUUAACUAUUGCAAAAAAUUGAAAAGGAAGGAUCUGUUAAUAGUGAUGCUUUCGCGAGGAAUAGAUGAUCUGUUGUGUUGUCCGCGAGAAGAAAUUUCGCUGAGGGAUAAACUUCGAACAAUAAACAGGUUGAAGGCAGUAGAAGCAACUCCUGAGGAAAUAAACACUGUGAGGAACAAGCUGUCUAUUAUUAGAGGUGGUGAUUUGGCCCGAUUCGCGUAUCCCGCAAGAGUGAUUACCUUAAUCACGUCAGACGUGUCCGCGGAGCCGAUGUCGCAGCUGUCGGGCGGCCCUUGCGUGCACGAUCUGAAAGACGACACGGCGUUGAAGAUUUUAAUAAAGUACAGGCUGUUCGAGAAGCUGUCGCAGAGCGUGAGGGACCUGGUGGAGGAGACUAUCCCAUGGAAAAUGGCGGCGGACAAGCAGGUGACCGAGAACAAAAAGUACAAGUUCGUGCACGAGUACGUGAUCGCCUGCAACGCGGACGCCAUGGAGUGCAUGUCCGUCGAGGUGUUCAAGCUAGGCCUGUUCCCGGUGAAGCUGAACUCCACUUGUUCCGGCGAGGUCCAAGAGUUCGCACGAGAAUACGUGAAGAUCGCCUCGUUGAUCAUAUUGGCGGUCGAAGGGAAAGUCGAUCAGCUGGACAUAUAUCAAGAGAUGAAGGAGAGCCCUAUCUGCCCGUUGACCGACAAGAAGGUGCACGAGAUAUUCCCGGCGAAGGACAAGUGGGGUUUGGGGUUGUGUCUCUUGCUGGGAGGCCGGCAGACUGUCAAUCUGUGUGCAGAGCCGGGCAAGGGCGGGCCCAAUCAGGAGCUGGCUCUAUACUUUUCAUUAUAUUGGUAUAUGCGUACCGAGCAGUAUCCAAUUUUGAGGGAGUACACCGUCUGGUUCUUGGGCGGCAGCUCUUAUGGCAGAGACGGCAAUACCGACGCAGCUGGCGCGUUCGGCUAUAAGAGCCUGGGCACCGAUAUUUAUCCAGAAUACGAAAAAGCGCUGAUCGCGUACAACGCCGCCUACGCCAAGUGGUGGAAACUUAACGAGGAUAAACACAACGAGAUCGCGAUACAGAGAGCCUACAAAGACGUGAUGGAUGCGCAAGCUCAAAAAGACAAAUACUCCGCCGUCAUACCGAACACAGUUUUGGCGAAUAAUAAUACGAACCUUAUGUUUCUGAGCAUCAACAACGAAGAUGAACUGUUCCAACUGAAGACUGGAAAUUAUUACACUUUCACAAAUGUCGGAGACCUUCACAUCAUACGUAUCGUUCGCUUUCAGUGUAACUGCGACGGUGUCUGCCAUGAGCAGAAAGACAAGAUAUGCGUUGACAGAGAAUGCCCUGUCAAUGUGACACUGCUGCCCGAGGCACGUAUGAAAUUACAAUACUGCUGUCAAGUCGGCAAACUGAAAGAGAAGACUGAGUCGUAA